AUGUUCUGUUUCAUGAGGGGUCCGGAGGAUAUUUAUGUGCUGCUACAUCUCGGAGUUAGGGACAUCCCAGAAGUACACAUCAUGAAGAGAUGGACGAAGAACGCCUGCGAGAACCUGCCAGUGCAUCUGAUGAUAUAUAAAGCAUGCAAUUCUGCACUGAAGGACGCAACUUAUCGGCACUCUUCCUUGUACAGUAAGGCGCUCGAGAUUGUCCAAAUGGGGGACAAGAACACUGAAGCUUAUGGAGCUGCAAUGAAGCAGUUGCUGGACGCAAUAAGUGUUCUAAAUGAUAUCAACCAGGAGAGCGAUGGACGAGGGUUAAAUGAUCAAGCCACUGCUCAAGCACAUGACCAAGAUGUCCCUGUGACACCAGGAGCAAAUGGUCUGUCAGGUUCAAUGAAUGUUGUAUCACGCAAGAGGGAUCUAGGCAGGCCAACAAACGCAAGAGCAAAGCCAGGUUAUGAAAAUGUUAGCAAGCCAAGAACAAAGUUUUGCUCAAUCUGUAGAGGGAGGGGUCACAAAGCAUCGGGAUGCCCCUCAUAUGGAGGGGUAGCAAAGAAAAAAAGGAAAGUUCCAAAGUGUACAAAGUGCGGCCUGGAAGGCCACAAGAGGAAUAACUGCUCAGGAAGAAUGUUCGGCGUCUUCCAAUGA